AUGAGCUCGCCCAGCCCGCGUCCGCCGCAGCACGGCCGCCGGCCGUCGCUGAUCCAGCAAGAGGACGGCCUCUAUCAUUCCACCCUGCCCACGCGCACCGGCAUCCUCACCUCGAUGAUGCGUUCGCGCUCGCAGCAGAGCCUCCAUUCGACCUGGCGCAAUACUUAUGCCUCUGACGAUGAGGAGCCCGUCCGGGGGCGCUCCCGCGGCCACCCGCCCGAGGACGACGAGCUCGAGCGCCUCCUCCACGACGAGAACCGUCUCAGCCAGAUUCUUCACGGACCGCAGAACCGCAGCAUGAACCUCAUUGGCAAGAGCAACCCGAGAUAUCGCUGGAAGUCGUACUGGAAGUCUGAGGAGGAGCUGCAGGGCAUGUCAAGCAAGCUAACGAUGCAACACUACCAUUUUCCCCAUGCUACUCCCUCCCUUGAUCCUUGUCUAGCUGACCCUGUGCCCGGCAGCCGCGAAUACUAUGAGCGCACGAAUGAUCUCGUUCAGCAGUACAUGUACAUUGACUGCCUGCUCGAUUCCACCAUCCCCCACGAGCUGCUCAACGAGUACAAUGCCGAGCUAGAGGCCUCAGCCUUUCGCGCCGUCGACAUCCCCAACACCAUCUCUGAGGAGCCCGACUCAUCGUCGCUGUCCGGGUCUACUACGGAACGCUUCAAUGGCGGCGCCUCGUACGGCUCAACAAACACGCUGCCUCCGCUGCCAUCCUCGGAGAGCGCAAACAAGACCCCGCCGCUGCCCGCCAAGCGCACGCCCAGGGACAUUUUUCGCUCCUCCGAGAAUCUGACCAUGCUUCCGCAGAAUCAGGCCGCCGAAGACGAGGAAGAGGUGCACCGCCAUCGUGCCGAUGAGAGGCGUCCUCUGCUGCAGGCCGACACCAAAGAUCUUGAAAAUGGCCCCCGGCCUCUGCUCCCAUGGCUCGAAGACAGCGAGCUCGACAGCAAUGACCCUGUCGUCACCCUUGCAAUCUACGUCAAUCUCCUUGCCAAUCUUGUGCUGCUCGUAGGUAAAAUCAUUGUCAUCAUCUCGGUCCCGUCCAUGUCCGUUCUGGCCUCACUUGUGGAUGCCGUUCUCGACUUUUUGAGCACCGCUAUUGUCUGGACCACCACCCGCCUUAUUGCCUCUAGCGCAAGCGACCAUCAUCGAUAUCCCGUCGGACGUACUCGCCUUGAGCCUCUGGGAGUUCUAGUCUUUUCCGUCAUCAUGGUCACGUCUUUCUGCCAAGUCGCUCUACAAUGUAUCCAGCGUCUCAUGGGCACUGAGCACGAACUGAUUGAGCUCGGAGUGCCGGCCAUUGCCAUCAUGGCCGGCACUGUCAUCAUCAAGGGUGCCUGCUGGGUAUGGUGCCGAAUGGUCAAAAACUCUAGCGUCAGAGCCCUUGCCGAAGAUGCCAAGACGGAUGUCAUUUUCAACGUCGGAUCUAUUCUGUUCCCCAUCGUCGGCUUCUACGGCAAGAUCUGGUGGCUUGACGCCACCGGCGGCUUGCUGCUAUCUCUUGUCGUCGUCUUCACCUGGAGCCACAACGCCGCCGUCCACGUCCGCAACCUGACGGGUUUCGGCGCCGAGCCCGACGAGCGUAACCUGCUUCUUUACCUCACCAUGCGCUUCGCCACCGCCAUCCGCAAGAUUCAGAACCUGCGCGCCUACCACGCUGGCGACAAGCUCUUUGUCGAGGUCGACAUUGUCCUCUCCGCCAUCACCCCGCUCAAGGACUCGCACGAUCUCAGCGAGGUUUUGACCUAUUUCCUUGAGUCGGUACCCAUUGUCGACCGUGCUUUCGUGCAUGUUGACUAUACGAGCUACAAUGCGCCCACUCACAUGCUCAAGCAGUCUUCGUCGUGA